AUGUAUUUGCUAUCUAGAGAUGCUAGAAUUAAAGCAGACGAAUUAGGAUCGAAACCGGUAGCUUACGUUAUUAAGAAAAAGCGAGGAACGAAGGACUCUGCCUUAAUAAUACGAAUAGCCUCUCCGAAUAGAAAGCGGGACCGGGAUAAGUAUAUAUCCGAUAAUAGUAGCGAUAACCCUAAUAGCCCCGACGAUACGGACUACGUAGGCGAAAGUAGUAAAGACGUAUAUAGAAACAGCGUUCCUUUCUAUCGACUAAAAAGAAACACUAAACGCCUCUCGGUCGACGAGGUAGUUCAAUCUAAAGUAGCCGCAGAUCAGACUUCCCCAAUAAGCUUAUACGAUAUCGAAACGAUUCCUAUCCGAGGUUUCCUUACGCGAUAG